AUGUCCAACUCCCCCGCCAUCCCCAGGACGGCUCCAAUCGCCAUCGCCCCCAAGCCGGCUGCCCCUGUUACCGCCGCCGCCGCCGUAUCUACUUCCGCACCCUUAUCCGGGUCCGCUGGGCGCCGCCAGAAACAUCAACUAGACGGAAACAACAAGUUUGAUGUUGCUAAGAGUAGCAUGUCAUCGCUUGACGCGUCUGCGCCCCACUCCCUCGCUAGCUCCCCUCCGAUUCCUUGCGACUCUUGUCGAAGGCUUCGCCUCAAGUGCACCACUGCUAGUGACGAAGACGACGGUUGCAUUCCCUGCCAGAGAAGCGGUUCAGAGUGCUCGCUGGUCGUUAGCCCGCGACCUAGGAAACGUAAAUUAACGAAGGGAGCUGUCGGUCCGAACGGUCUGACACAGCGACGCAGCUCGCCACUGGUUCAAGACAGCAGGAGAAGGCGCCAGCAGACGGCCUCCGCACUAUCUUCGCCAUCCACGAGCGCCUCACUCAUCGAAGAAAUGGCCAACGUCGGAGGCCCCACCCUGCUGAAGCGGACGCUGGGUAUGCAGAACGACCGGUAUAGUCAGUACAUUGGGCCCACGACCGACUUCGAACCGUCCCUCAUCAACCUCUCGCCCUUCAAUCCCGACGACGAAAGUCUUCUCUCGAGAGGAACGCUGCGAAAAGUCGGCGAAAAUGAUACCUUUUUGAUGCUGCCGGAUCACAGCACUCCUGGCUACGAACACAUGCUCCAGGAUGUGGACGAAAUCGAGAAGAUAGUCGCACCUAACGGCAGGAAACUUAUUGAUCUCUACUUUAGGGUCGUCCAUCCAGCGUUUCCCAUCAUCCAGAAGGGCGUGUUUUUGGAAAAGUACGAACGAUCCUACCGGGAGUUUUCUCCGCCUCUUCUCGCUGCUGUAUAUCUGCUUGCUGUCAACUGGUGGCACCAUUCUGUGGAAUUGGCUCCGUUCCCGCGACCAGACAUAAGAUCGCUCGAGAGGCUUAUGCGAUCUACUCUUGCCGACGCGAUGUACCGACCGAAGCUAUCGACUGUUCAAGCGGGAUUGCUGCUGUCGCAACGACCGGAGGGCGAUCAGUGGGCACCGACGGCUCAGCUAGUGGCCAUCUCCCAGGAAUUGGGACUGCAUCUCGACUGCUCGACCUGGAAGAUUCCUCCGUGGGAGAAGGGUCUCCGGAAGCGGUUGGCAUGGGCCUUGUACAUGCAGGAUAAAUGGGGCGCUUUGGUUCACGGACGGCCGUCUCAUAUCUUUCCAUCGAACUGGGCUGUGCAGCAAUUAACAGAACACGAUUUUCCGGAUGUUGACUGGGACGAGGACGAUAUAGAGGACAGGCGUGAGGUAGAAGCGGGCCGCCUGAUUUUUCUUGGUAUGGUACGGCUUUCCCAGAUUCUCGCGGAGAUCCUCGACACCUUUUUCACCAUCCAGGCGAUGCAGACGGUGGCCGACGCGGGUUCUCAAGGUACCCAUAUGGUGUUAUCCCUCGCCAAACCCGUGCAGCUGAAGCUGAAGGAAUGGUUUUCGGCCCUGCCCCCGGUGCUUCGUAUGGACUCGUCUUACUCGGCCAAGGGAGUCCCCAGCGGGCGGCUAUCGAGCGUGGGAUAUCUCCACCUGGCGUAUUUUGCGACGGAAAUUACACUCCAUCGGCGCAUCAUUCGGUCGCUCUCGGCAGGAGAGUCCGGCGGAACGGUUGACCCUUAUCUCCAGCACAUCUGCCGCAAUGCAGCUAAGGCUCGACUGAUCUCAGCCAUGGACUUUGUGAACCGUCUCUCGCCGAACCACCUCCGAGCGUUCUGGUACUUCGCGUCCAAGACGAAUUUUGCACUGAUAGGAACGUUUGGGUCCCUCCUGUGGGCCACGAGUCCCGGUCAGGAGGAGGCAGAAUGGUACCGGCGGCGUCUUGGAGAAUAUAGGUGGACGUUGAGCGUGAGCUCCAAGCCAGGCGGGUCUAGGGGUUUGACGGAGUUCGCCAUGACCAUGUUAGACAUCAGCACGGGGUUGCUGAAGAAGCUUCCGGAGAAGCCAACUCUAAGCCGGAGCGGCAGCGUGUCCGAUAUCGCGGGGCUCAAUAGCAUUGCGCCCCUUUCUACGAGCGGUCCGUCCCGGCCUCGAGACUGGUUCUCUCCGGAGGGAUUCAGCGGACUCCCGUCGACUGAAGCGAGCGAGGCUGUGAGCCCGAGAAGUGAGAGCGAGAGCAGCGACGAUGAUAUGUACGACAAUACUGCUGGAUGA